GGAUGCCUGAGCCCAGUACUUGCAUUUUUAUAGCACAGGACGUAAAGAGAAAUGCUGUGACGUCACAAAAGAGGCGGAGUACAGAGGGCGACGCAGUAUAUAAACUGAGGCGCCUUCGUUGGGCGUGCAUUGAGAUUAUAGCGGGACGAGUGUACAGACAGAACUCUCCUGCGCACACGAUAAAUGGAAGUACAGAGCACUACCGGGCUUCAGCAAGCAAAGAGCGGCAACAUGUGCGAGUCGACGCCGAGGUCCUGCGAGUCUCGGCGCAAGAAAGCAGAGGAGCGCGGCGCUCCCUCGGAGAUGUCUCGGAUCAUUACCGACCCGGCCACCGGCAAGUGCUACUGCCGGGGCAAAGUUCUGGGAAAGGGAGGCUUUGCCAAGUGCUACGAGAUGACCGACCUCUCCACCAGCAAAGUUUACGCGGCCAAAAUCAUCCCGCAUGCCCGCGUGUCUAAGCCGCACCAACGGGAGAAGAUUGACAGAGAAAUCGAGCUGCACCGAAUACUCCAUCACAAGCACAUAGUGCACUUUUAUCACCAUUUCGAGGACAAGGACAACAUUUACAUCCUGCUGGAGUACUGCAGCAGAAAAUCCUUAGCACACAUCCUGAAGGCCCGCAAAGUGCUGACCGAGCCAGAAGUGCGCUACUACCUGCGACAGAUCGUCUCUGGCCUCAAGUACCUGCACGAGCAGGAGAUCCUGCACAGGGACCUCAAACUGGGUAAUUUUUUCGUAAGUGAAUCCAUGGAGCUGAAGGUGGGCGACUUUGGUCUGGCAGCCAAGCUGGAGCCGGCGGGGAACAGGAGGAAGACGAUAUGCGGGACUCCCAACUAUCUUUCCCCCGAGGUGCUGAAUAAGCAGGGCCACGGCUGUGAAUCAGACAUCUGGGCCCUUGGCUGUGUAAUGUACACCAUGCUUUUGGGAAGGCCGCCGUUCGAAACCACCAAUCUGAAAGAGACGUACCGGUGCAUCCGCGACGCUCGCUACUCCUUGCCCUCCUCGCUCUCGCCACAGGCCAAGCAGCUCAUCGCCAGCCUGCUGGCCAAAGCGCCGGAAGACAGACCCGACCUGGAACACAUCUUGAGACACGACUUCUUCACACAGGGCUUCAGUCCCGAGCGUUUGUCGGCGAGCUGUUGUCACUCCGCCCCUGAUUUCCACGUUUCAAGUCCCGCCAAGAGCUUUUUCAAGAAAGCGGCAGCGGCCCUUUUUGGAGGCAGACGGGACAAGGUCAAAUACUACGAGACUCUAAACAAGUUAACCAAAGAGGAAGAGGAGAUCUACAAGCUGCAGCAUGACCUGGAACGAACUGUCAUCAGCCAGCAGCAGUGCAAAAAGACAGCUGAGAAUGGAAGUCUACUUCCGCCAUCUGCCCAAAGUACCGUCGCCCUGGCAACGGAGAGCCGAUCCCUGACGACGACGCGAGAUACUAUCCGGCUAAUCGUCAGGGGGAGUCUGGGGAGUUGCAGCAGCAGCAGCAGCGAAUGUCUAGAGUACAACACCACGGGGAGCGUCGCCGACACGGUCGCCGGCGUGUUGAGGGGGUGCCUGGAGAGCAUGCCUAAAGCCGACAACAUUCCUCAGAGCGCGACUAGUUGCGGCCUUCAGUGGGUGACCAAGUGGGUGGACUAUUCCAACAAGUACGGCUUUGGAUACCAGUUGUCCGACCACACCGUGGGCGUUCUCUUCAACAAUGGCACUCACAUGAGCCUCCUGCCAGACAGAAAGACAAUCCAUUAUUAUGCAGAGUUGGGCCAGCGCUCUGUUUUCCCAACCUGCGAAGUUCCGGAACACUUUGUGGGCCAAGUGACCGUGCUCGAGUACUUUUCCCACUACAUGGAGGAGAACCUCAUGGAUGGCGGGGACCUGGGCAGUAUGACGGAUGCACACAUGCCCAGACUCUAUCUGCUCCAAUGGCUCAAAUCGGACCGCGCCCUCAUGAUGCUCUUUAAUGAUGGCACUUUCCAGGUGAACUUUUACCACGACCACACCAAGAUCAUCCUGUGCUGCCAGAGGGACGAGUACAUGCUGACCUACAUCAACGAGGACCGCGUCUCGAAGACCUUCAAGCUCAGCUCGCUGCUGGCGUCCGGCUGCCCCGCCGACCUGCGCGAGCGCAUGCGCUACUCGCUCAAAAUGCUGCUGCAGAGGUGCAGCUAAGGACCUUACCCUGCACCGAUGCGUGCGUGAGACACAUGGACUCGCACAUCCCCCGCAGAGCUCGCAUCCGCCGGGGGGAGGAACUGCGCAAGUGGAAUUGUGGAGGAACGACAAACCGGAUAUCACGAGUGACCGUAUGCGAUGGAGGCAAAAUGAGGUUUCACUGGAGGAGAGAGGACGAGUAUGUUGGACCCGGGAAUGUCGGUACGAUCCGGAUGUUGUUGGACAAUGAGAGAGAAAAGAGGAUGUCUUUUGGGAAGAGCGAAAAGCUGGGCUGGCACCAGCUUGAAAAUCAAAAAAUUAAAAAAAAAAAAAGAGGCUGCGAGACUGUCUCACUAGAGUCAAUGAUGUACAGUGUAAGAUAACAUGCUAAUAUGUUGCGUGGAUGGGCCAGGGUUCAAGUGUUUUUAAAAAUAUGUACGUCUGUUUGUUGGUGUGUGUGUCUGAGUCAGUGUGCGUGGGAGGGUUGUCAUGCAAAAAAAAAAAAACAACCCAGUGAUUUCUUCUCUUCGACAACUAGACUGAGCGCACAGGGGUGAGGGAGGAUGGGUUUGGGUUUUUUUUUUAGAAUACUUAAAGAGCCACUAGCACCCCAGUCAAAAAAAAAAAAACGAUAUAACUUAUUGUGUACAAAAAUUGACGUAUUUAUUUAUUUAAUAAUAAAGUGCAUUUUCUUAAAAGU